AUGGCAAGCGAUGAUUUAAAGUUCUACCUCACUCACGACAGCCCUCGUACAGCCUUGAAGGGAGUUUUCAACACACUUUCAAAGGAAACGGCUUCAUAUAGUGAGUGUGUGCAAUCGUUGAAUCAGCUUGCUUCUAAAUUAUUCGGAUUUGGAAAUUCUGGUACACCUUGGAUUGUACUUGCAGAGAAUGAUGAAACCAUGUAUGAAUACGUGAUCAACUUAUUAGAACCGGAAGGACCACUAUUUAAAAUGUUUUUUAGGAAUAUGGGAGAUGUUUAUCAAAACACUUAUUAUUACCCUGUUGGAGGAUUAUCAUUUGGAAUGCGAACCUUUACUGCGGAACUUAAAGAUAAGAAGAAUAGUGAUGCUAGUAGUUUAUUGGGGAUAUAUGUUAAUACACCUGUAUUUAGGUAUUUCAAUGAAAAGAUUAAAACUAUGGGAGAUGGUAAAAAUAUUCAAGUGAACAUGUUCGAAUAUUUUCUAUUUUGUUUUUUCUACUUUAUCAUGACAAAUAAUAAGAUGAGUUUUAAAACAGAGCAAAAGAUACCAAGAACAUCCGAUACUGAUAAUUUUGCUGGAUUUUUAUCGAAAUUGGCACCAAUCCGUCCAGAAGCUUCAAGGCAAUCAAGCAAAAAGCCACCUACUACUUUCUUGUUUAGCAAAUAUUUAAAUUUCUUCUUCCCUUUAGAAAAGAGAAAAGAUUACAAGAGAGAAAUUUCGAAUACUUUCUUAUUUAUUUUGACAGACUUUUUAUUUAAUCAAAUGAUUGAACGAGCAGGAAAUUAUUCUUUUUCUACUGAAAUGAACGAGAAUGCUACCAAGUUUACAUAUUUCACAUCUGUGACAGUUAAACAUUUAUUAAGACUAGGAACUAUUGCAGAUAAUAUGAAAUCUAUUAAUGAAUUGACACUAGCAGCUAAUUAUAGAGAUAAUGCUUCAUCUAAAUUGGAACCAUACUCAAUAGUGCAAUAUCCAGCAUACAGAUUUUUGAAAACCAUGUUUAUUGGAUUGAAAAAUGACAAGAUAUUCCCUAUGAAAUACUCUUUGAGUUUGUGGAAGGCCCUUCUUUGUCCUUGGAGGACAGAUCAGGGACAAAAUACUCCUUGGCCAUUUUAUAUGAUAGCCAAUUGGUGCUUUUAUUCAUCUUUGUUUUCCCAUUUCAUGAAUUGUAGAUUCCCAUCUGAUGUUUAUAAUACUUCACUUGUUGAUCUUGAAAGUAUUUCUGAUUUGUUAGAUAUAUUUUCUGAAUCAAAUACUUUGGAAAUUUUGAAAGGAAUCAAUAACAUGAUAGAAUCUUCUGAACUACAAGAAGGCGCUUUAGUUUCACACAUGAAGCAUUGUGGCGAAAAUAGGUUCACCUCUUUAAUUUUCAGUGAUAAUCUCACUAAAAUUGUUCAAUUCAAGAUUGGAGAAAUUCAAGUUACCACAUCCCAACAAAUGAGCAGCUCACCAAGAAUUAAGAAUCUCUUCACAAAAGGAACCAAGUCGUUACGAAGUGAUUUCGAUACCAGAAUCAAGCUGAUGAAAAAGCUUUCCUCUAAACUUGCCCUCAUUUUCUCAGACCUUCGUGAUUUUGAUGUAACCAAAACACCAUCAAUAUAUUCUCCUAGAAGCUUUAUUGAUACACCACAAUCAGUUUCAGAUUUUUACGCUCAAGAGGAGUUGCAGGGUAGUGCAUAUCAUGAGGAGUAUCAGUCAAUGAAAAAACUCACACCUAUUGGAAUAGAUCUUGUUGUUACAGGAAAGCACAAAUGUGACAAGAUGGAUGUUUGCUUUAAUAAGAAGGCUAUUUACAGACCUAUAGAAUCCAAUGAAAUUUCUUGGUUAGUUGUUCCAUUAAUCAAACUCUCGGAAAAGUACGCACAAAAAUAUGGAAAAGGUGUUGACUUUAGAAUUUUUGCUAAUGUUUCUAAUUUACUUUUUAUUUUGGUAGUGAUAUUAUUCUUGUACUUGAUUUUUGUAUUAAUAACUUAUUUUUAUUAA